AUGUCUCUAAGUGGUACUAACACUGCUUCUUUCAAUGAUACUUUCAAAGUAUCUGAUAAUGUAGCUGUCAUUAUUCCAGACACAAAUACCCAAGUGACUUAUAGAGAUCUAUCUCACAUGGUAGGUCAUUUCCAACAAGUAUUUAAAGAUGAAAAGUCUCCAUUGUAUGAUACUGUUCAAAGACAAGAUUCUGUUGCAAUUUACUUGAAAAAUGGAUUAGAAUUUAUAGUAUCAUUUUUAGGUGCUACUAUGGAUUCUAAAAUUGGUGCACCAUUGAAUCCUCAAUAUAAAUCAACUGAAUUAGCUUUCUAUUUAAAUGAUUUAAAAUCAAAAGUUAUCUGUGUUCCACAAGGAACCACUAAAGAUAAAAAAGCUGAAGUACUAAUAUCUGCCAAGAAAUUCGAUUGCUUUGUUAUGGAGUUAUAUUUCAGUAAGGAUAGAUUUAGAAUAGAUUACGAUAUUUUUGCACCCAAUGAUAAUUAUAAAAAAGUCGUAUAUUCUUCAUUAAAUAAUCCAAUUUAUAUCAAUAACGACACUUUAAGAUUUCCGGGAUUUGCUCGUUCAAGUGAUGUUGCAUUGAUUUUACAUACUAGUGGUACUACAUCUAAACCUAAAACAGUACCAUUAUUACAUUUGAAUAUCAUUAGAAGCACAUUAAAUAUAUCCAAUACUUAUAAAUUAACUGAAAAUGAUAGAUCAUACGUUGUGAUGCCAUUGUUUCACGUCCAUGGGCUAAUUGGUGUCUUAUUAUCUACAUUUAGAACUCAAGGUUCAGUUGUAGUACCCGAAAGAUUUAGUGCCAAGAGAUUUUGGCAAGAUUUCAUUGAAUUUAAAUGUAACUGGUUUAGUUGUGUUCCAACCAUUAGUAUGAUUAUGCUAAACAUGCCUAAACCAAAACCAUUCCCAUAUAUUAGAUUUAUUAGAUCAUGUUCAUCACCUUUAGCACCAGCUAUUUUCGAAAAAUUAGAAAAGGAAUUCCAAACUCCUGUAUUAGAGGCUUAUGCGAUGACUGAGGCAUCUCAUCAAAUGACAUCUAAUAAUUUACCACCAGGAAAAAGAAAGCCAGGUACUGUUGGCCAACCACAAGGUGUUCAAGUAUACAUUUUAGAUGAUAAUGAUAACAUUUUACCACCAGGUAAGAUUGGUGAAGUAUCCAUUAGAGGUGAAAAUGUCACAUUAGGUUAUGCUAAUAAUCCAAAGGCUAAUAAAGAAAAUUUUACCAAGAGAGAGAACUUUUUCCGUACUGGUGAUCAAGGGUACAUUGAUAACGAAAAUUUCGUCGUCUUAACUGGUAGAAUCAAAGAGUUGAUCAAUAGAGGUGGUGAAAAGAUUUCUCCUGUUGAAUUAGAUGGUAUUAUGUUAGAAAAUGAAAAAAUUAAUGAAGCUGUUUGUUUUGGUAUGGAUGAUAUGAAAUAUGGUCAAAUUGUUGAGGCUGCAGUUGUAUUAAAACCUGGUUGUACUAUGGAUUAUAAUGAAUUUAAAAAAUACAUGGCAACUAAAGUAGCACCUUUUAAGAUUCCAAGUAGAGUCUAUUUUGUUGAUAAAUUACCAAAGACAGCUACUGGUAAAUUACAAAGACUGAAUAUUGCGAAGACAUUUGCUGCUAAGAACCGUGAAAGUAAAUUAUAA